AAUUGUUGUUUGUCGGCGAGUUGGAGCCCCCCCGCAACUCCUGCCCAGCAUGCCACAAGCCAAGUCGCUCGACGCUCUCCCCCCCGAGCUCCUCUCCCGCACGGCCCUCCACCUCGUUGCCGCCUCCCCCCGGCGCCACCCGUCCGCGCUCCUCCCCCUCUUCCUCACAUGCCGCGCCGUCUACCACGCCAUCUCCCUCCCCAACAACCCCCAGCUCUACAAAGACCUCUACUUUGCCACCUUCGACUACAGCGCCGUCCUCAGGCGAUGCCAGUGGAUGGAGACACAUAUAUUCAAGGAUGGAUACAACAUCCUCAACCUCUUAUCCGACCCUCGUCUAUGGGCACUUGAUUACACAACAAGGUGGGAGAUGAGCAGGAGGAUGAGACAGAUUGCAAAGCUGGGAAGGGUGGAAAUACCCGGCGUCUGUGACAGGAGGCAGUUUAUGCAAGAUAUGUGGACAGUGUGGUUUCUUGUGACGGAGAAUGACGGCCGAAACCUGCCCUUCUUGCUCGAACAAUGCAACUUGCGAGCGGCUCUUGCGACUUACUAUAGAGAUACCCUGUUGAAAGAGUCGCUGCAGCCAGGAUACCCUACAGAAGAUGGCGAAAAAGCCCUUGUCGCUUGGACUUGCAUAUUUGCGGGAAUCGACACUGUUGGAGAAGACACACCGGAGGAAGUAGACGAAAAGAUCUUCAUGCUACGACCAUACGUCUUUGCCUGUGCCAAGUACGACGUGUCAUUCGCCCCUUGGCAUCUCAAAAAACUCCCUGUCUGCGAUCCUGGCUGCUCUUCCCACGGCGCCGACCCUACUGUCCGCUACCGAGCUAUGACCUACAAACGAUUCGGCUAUUCCUGGCGCCGUUGCCCACCCCAGUUCGUCCUUGGCGCCUACGUCCUCUUCCUCCGUCUCUUGGAACGCCAUCCCAACCGAAUCGGCCUGCGGUCCGGCAGUUCAAGUUUCUCAUACUCCCCCUUUGAAGUCGGUCUACCCGGCGUCUUUUCGACGAACAAGGUGCCUCUCUCGAUCGAGAACGAUAAAGAAUGGCAGAGGAACACAAUGUGUCAAGACUCGCAUACAAAUGAAGGUCUUCUUCCUUUGACGUACCGCGGCUCUAUCCAAGGUUUUUGGAGGGGCAAAUUUCUUUUUUACGACUUUGAAUUUUAUCGAGAGAUUUUGUCGGGCAAUUUGAGGGGAGUGUACACUGGUAUGUUUGCAGAGCAAGCAGUGGAAGCAGAGUUGAGGGAAACGCUGGUAAAAGUGAAGAAGGAAGAUGUCGGUGGUGACGGUCCGUUGCUCACCGCGGGAUUUAAAGAUAUGGGAAGUUUAGAGGAAGAGACCAAGUUUUUGGAACAAGGUUACGGCCAUGAGAUUGUGCAUGAGGAUGAUGAAGAUGAGGAAGGUUGGACCAAGGAGAUUUUAAUAUCCGGUAGAGGUCGUACCGCCUGGGGUUGGGCUCAAAUACGUGGUAGGGUUAGAGCUUGGGACGGUCUUGUCAUACUCUGUUUAUCAUACAGUCCACAGCGUGAACCGGGAACCCGCUGGCUAUGGAGAGGCUACAUCCUUACAGGAGGCUACCUCGUCGGCCGAUGGCGGGAUACCUUCACCCCCGAAACCUUGAGGGGUUAUGAAGGCGCCUUUGGACUGAUCAGAGCAGGGGACAUCUAUUACCCCGAACAUUUCCCAAAGAGAAUGGAUGAUUCCGCGGGGGUGAAUCAGUUUGAUCAGGGGGUUUUUAGGCAGAUGCCGAUUACAGGCGAGUCGUUGCCGUCUGCGGGUUUGGGAACGGGCUCUUCUGUCCCUUCUAUCUCUGGCUCGACAUUGACAUCAGAGUGCAACCAGAACCAGAGCCAAAGCCAAAGCCAGAGUCAUAACCAAAGUUUGCAAGACCAGAGCCAGAUCCAACGUGUCCCCGCCGGACACUCACAUCCUCAUCAUCAUCCUCAUCAACCACUCCAACCGGUUAUGAGGAAAGAUCUUCAUGUCGUACCACAGGAACCGCUUCAGACGGCUCCAUCCACCCUCUCCCAGUCACAGUCACAACCGAGAUCACAACUGCAAACUCAGCCCCAGCCUCAGACACAGACGCAAACCGAAACACCUUCGCAAUCUCGACCACAGACACUAAGCCCAGAACAUGAUCCUGGUACCAAGAGCGGUAGACAAUAAAAACAGUAGAUAGUAUAAAUAGACGAGUUCUCGUAAAUCUGAGGUCUGAAAUGGUCCGAGGGCUGAAGGCUUUGAGAUUAGACAUGGACUGCAUAUCCUCAAUCUCCAGUCACAAGGCAGUCUGUGUAAAAGUAUCUCAGGAUGGAUGACAGCUUCUCCAAGAAAACCUGGCAAAAGUACAUAUGUAGCAUUCAAGUUUGACCUUGGAUUUUGUGACUCUGGCAGCCAAUCAUGCUCUCAAAAGUUUUUCAUCAUGGAACAUCAAUAGGAAAAGAAAGAUCUUCGAAAUUGUUAUCGAUCUAUUGUUACUACAUAAUAUACUUGCAUUGCCAGAUAGCAUAUUAGCUUAGUUUAUAUAUAAAUAUUUCAGAAUCGUUUUUUUUUCCACAAUUCAGCUAUAUCUGGAGCUUCGCCAGACAGGUCGGAUUCCAGCUUCUAUCAACAUAUACAUGAAAAUGCACUAGUAUC